UGCCGCAGUAAAAAGCCUGAUUUCCAGGAAUUACCCUGCUGCCUCUGGAACAGCCAUGGGAACUCCCACCCACCGGAGAGACAGGGCAGGAUAAAAAGGGACUGGGAUGGGAUUCUCCCAGCCGGGGAGCUGAGGAGCCCGGAGGGAGAAGGACUUUGGGCCUUUCCUUCCUGGUGCUCUUCCUCCUGAGUCCUUGAGGGGUUCCCAUCUUUCUCUCCACACCCACCACGUACCUCAGGCCUGUCUCUGCUGCUGUGCUGGGUCCCCUGAGCUGGGGCCCUCAGCUGCCGGUGUCUGCUGGGAAGCCAAGGCUGGGAGCAACGGGAGCAUCUGCUGUGAGCCAUGGCUUCGCAGGAGGACACACAGGAGGGGGAUGAAAAGGCACAGCUCCUGGCAGAGGCAUUCCAGAAGGAAGGACUGGAUGCUGGAUACUGGGUGCCCAAAGCUUCACAGAUCCUGGGAAUCAAGUGCAGAGAAGCCCUGCAACAUGUGGGAUACAAAGACUACCUCAGGCUGGAAUGUGAGGUACAGCACCCCUGGGAGAAAAGGGCACUCCAGAAACUCCUGGAUAUAACAGAUGAAGAAACAGCCUCAAAAGAUCUGCAGGCACAGUGCUUGGAGAAGACAAAGCAAAGACAAGGAGAGGCCAAACAGGCCCUGAAGGAUCUGACAGAAAUGCUCAAUAGUCGCAGGCACAGCCAGGAUGCUCUGAGGGAAAAAGCAGAGACUCUGUGGCGAGCCAUGGAGAUUCCCAAAGAGUUCUGGCCACAGCCAAAGAAACCCUUGGCAGAUAUGCUGGAGAGCAUCCAGAAGCAGCUGGAGCAGCAGGAGCUGUCAGCAGGCAGGGAGAAGAACGUCCCUGACAUGGAGGUGCUGAAGCGGGCGUCAGGGGGACUGGCCCUGCAGGGCAUCUACAGAACCAGCAGACCUGAAGAUGUGCUGGCAAAGCGAGAGCAGCUCCUCAGGGUUCCAGAGGGAUUCCAGCUGGCUGGUCCAGAGCAAGGAUCGCUGCUUGAGAGGAAGGAGUUCUCCUCCUCUGCAGCAGAAUCCACUUUCAGCAAGUCCAUGGAGCAGCUGGGCUUCAGCAUGAGCGUUUCUGCCAAAUCCUCAUUUUGGGGGAUUAAUCUGGCAGUGGGUGUAGAUCACAGCAGCUCCUCGCAGUCACAGGACACCCACCAGUCCCACUCUGAGCAGAGCUACUUCUGCACCACCAAGUACCAGUACAUCCCUCUGGCCUCCUGCUACUUCCAAAGGCAUCAGCUUCGCCUCUCGGAUGCGGCUCUGCGGGAGCUGCAAGACAUGGAGCAGCAGCGUUUGAGCUUCAGUCGGGAGGAAGACAACCCCACCUUGGUGAAGAUGUGUGAGAGCUUCUUCAGCAGGUUUGGGUCCCACAUAAACCAGGGUCCCCUCCACUUUGGGGGGAUAUUCUGGUGGAAGGCAUGUACAGAAGGAUUCCAAGCUGAGCAGCAGGAAGAGAUGAAACAACAAAUGUCUGAAGCACUGAAUAUCUUUUUCAUGAAGAGCUAUGGUGACUUCUUGGCUAGUGCUGCAGGAGCCCUGGAUGUUUCUAAACCCAGCUCAAAGGCUUCUGUCCAAGGAAGAGCCAGAGAGGGUUCUCAUACAGCGAUUCAGCUCUACGUGGUCAACACAGGGGGUCCAGCAGACACAGCUUCCCUUCCUCAGUGGAAAACAGGGCUCAUAUCUGAUAACACAACGUGGUGCGUUAUCGACCGUGGCUUUGAGCUGAUCCCAGUGUGGGACAUCAUCCUGUGCAAUCACUGUGGGGAUUUUCAGUCUGCUGGUCAGAUGAGCAGAGCCCUCAGGGCUGCGUACAAAGCACUGACGAAUCAGAGCGUCGGCAUCAUUUUUGGAGAGGAACUGGGCAGUGCAGUGCAAGAGGCCAGAGAUUUCAUGGGGACUGUGAAGACCUGGGAGGUGACGAAAGGGGAUGAAAAGAAGCUGCUGAUGCUGAUGGGGCUAAAAGAUUAUCUGAGUGGUAAAACCAGAAACCCCAGUGUGUGGAUCAACGUGUGCCUGUCGGACAAAGCCCUGCAGGAGUUCCUGGUGAACACCGUGAGGAGCUGCCAGGAGUCACCUCCAGAAAACAGCACCUCUAUCAAGGUAAUGUUGAGGAGUCUCCUGGAUCCUCAUAUCUACUCUGUCAAGGACUUCCCUGAGGCUUCCUUCAUUAUGCAAUGGAUCUUCCAGACUGAGCACCUGCUUCCCAGAUCUCCCAACGUCUCUGAGCUUCCAGAGCUCAUCCAAACACUGCAGCAAAUGAAGGAGCACAUCCAUGCUGUCACCUAUGCACCAGGAAGCUCUGCUUCUGACGUUCAUGAAGCAAAGAUAGAAGCCACCCAGACCAGCAGCCUCACCAUUUAUUCCUUACUGCAGUCUCUCCAGGAACAGGCUCAGAAGGACAUGGAACUCUUGGUGCUCUUGAUUGUGACCAGCACAGGGUACCAGGUGGAAAGCAGCACUUUUCAGCACCUCCUUGGACACCCAGAAAUUCAGUACAUGGCCAAGGAAAUGGAAGCGGCACACGAGGAGUACGUGAACCUGAAGGAGCAAGAUGCCGACAGAGCUGAGGCCUUCCUCCUGCUGACGGGUCUGACUGUGACACCUGAAAGUCAAGAGCUGUCCCCUGAGCAGAAGAGGGAGCGUUUAGUUUUCAUGGAAGAUCACAUGAAAGGCUUGUGGUCCACACGGAUAAAGAAUCUCCUCCAAAAGCACAGUGGUGAUGAAGACUGGGAGAGGCUGGAACGGGAUUUGGAUUCCUUGAUCAGUGGGUGCUUGGAUGACAAAUGGGAUGAAGAGAGGAUGCAGAACAUACUCAGAGUCACUGAAGACACUUUUGCAACACCUGAGGUUUCCAGUCAGUCCCAGUCCAAGUCAGAAAGCAGCGAAUCCAAAGAAAACGAAGUCAUUGCCAACCAGGAGUUCGUCCAGUUGCUCAAGCGCCUUGGACUGGAAAGCCACUAUCCAAGGAAAAUGGGGAUGGGAGAUUUCCGCACCAUCUGUAAGAUAUCCCUGCAGGACAGCCAGCCCAGCCAGGACACAGAACUGCCAUUUUUCUUCUUGCAAAAGCUGUUAACUGCGGAUUACCGGGUGAGGUACCUGACUUGCUGGGAAGACAGCAACCAAAAACCUGCAGCCCUGCCAAAAACCACCACAAAAAAGCACCAAUACUCAGACACAUUUGAACAAUUUUUUGAUGAUUUAGAGGAAGCGACCCCCGAACGUGCAAGCAGGGAUGGCCGUGUGCACUCCAUGGACCUGCAGAUGGCCAUCUUCCAUUGUGCUGAUGACUUCCUGAGACAGACCCUGGCAACCAAGCUUGCGUUUUGCCAACUGGCGCUGCCUCUGCUGCUGCCCAACCUGAGCACUUCACGCAUCGAGUUCCUGCUCUACGCCCUCAGCCAAAUCCAAAGAAGCUGGAAAGAAGUGGAGAAGUCAGGAAAGCAGGCCCCAACAAAGAGUUACAACAACAAACUCAUCUUUCAGGCACAGACACCCAUCGUGUCCUUCAUCCGCAUUGGCAGCUCAGCCUCCUCUUCCAAGUCCCAGCUCCUGAACGCUCUGCUGAGCAAACGCAAACACGACACUUUCUUCCACCGCCACUGCAGAGGCAGCACCAGAGAGCGUUUGCUGAUGGAAGGGCUGGUGGAGAUUGCCUGGUACUGCCCCGGUGGAAGCCCUGAUGACACCUUUGAGCGCUGCGUGGCUUUCUGUAACCUGCAUGGAGAUGCCAGGGAUCACGGAGCACAGCUGCAGUUCCUGCAGGAGAUAUCUGCUGUCAAUGUGGCUCUUGUGUCCGAUUGGGAGCACAUGGACAGCAGGGGGAAAAAGCUUCUGCAGGGCCUGUGGCAGUCAGAAAGGCCUUUGGUUUGUCUUCUCACGGAAAAAGAGAAUGUUGAAGCUGGACGAUCCAGCAAAACCAUAACAAUAGGGAUCAAGAACAGAAACGAAGCAGAACUGAUGGACCAGCUGACCAAAAUUAUCAGGGAUCUCCUGGAAGGGUCUAAUCCAUGUUUCAGCCUGGAGGCCUGCGUGGACAAAGCUCGCCAGCACGGAUUCCUAGUGGAUGCAGAUCAACCUGCAUGUGUGACAGCCAAAGCAAAGGCAAAGGAGCUGGUGGAGCUUCUGAAGAAAGAGAAGCUGUCUGAGAUCAAAUCCCAGCUGCUGCCGCUUCAAGGAAAACUGUGGUACCAGUGGUGCCAAAAAGACAAAGAACUCACUCGCUUGCAGGAGAAGAGGAACAAGAGCAUUGAGCAUCAUCGCAGCCAAAUUGAAAAUGAGAAGAAAGCAAUAAGAGAAAAGCAACUGGAGCAAGCUUUCCCUCUCAACCCACUGAUGAAAUCAUUCCUUGGCUUUCUCCAGGCCCAGCCAGAAGAUACCAAGAAAUACUUCCUGCAGUGGAUGAAGGUCUUUAUGGAUGAGCUGUCUUGUGGUCGCCUUGAAGAACUGAGGAGAGACUAUCACAAGUUGUGGUCUGAAAUUCUGUCAGGAAAGAAAAGCAAGAAAAAACCCAGUGUGAGUGCUGAUUUGCCAAGUGGCUUGGAUGCCCUCUCUGAUGAAAUCAAUGAUUCAUCCAUCGGCCUGGAGCACCUUCUGAGAGAGGUAGGGCAGAUUUAUGAAGCUCUGCAAUUUAUGAACUCCAAGGAUGAAAAUUUUGUCAAAUUGCCAGAAAUUGCAGCAGAGCUGAUGGUUUCAGGGUAUCCCAUGGAGCUGUUGGAUGGGGACGCUUCUUACCUGCCCUUGUGCUGGGUGGGAGCAAUCUUUGACAGCUUAAUUGAGAGGCUGGGGGACAAACGAGUGUUUGUGCUCUCCGUGCUCGGCAUCCAGAGCACAGGCAAGUCCACCCUGCUGAAUGCCAUGUUUGGCCUGCAGUUCAACGUCAGCGCAGGGAGAUGCACCCGCGGAGCCUUCAUGCAGCUCAUCCCAGUGGCCGAGGAGCUGCAGCAAGACUUGGGCUUUGAUUUUGUGCUGGUGGUUGACACAGAGGGACUCCGUGCCAUCGAGAUGGCCAAUAAACAGUCCCUGAACCAUGACAAAGAACUGGCCACCUUUGUCAUUGGUGUUGGCAACGUCACUGUGAUCAAUAUUUUUGGAGAAAAUCCAUCAGAAAUGCAUGAUGUUCUCCAGACGGUUGUGCAGGCUUUCCUGAGGAUGAAGAAAGUCAAUCUAUCCCCAAGCUGCCUCUUUGUCCACCAAAAUGUGGGAGAAGCAACUGCCAAGGAGCAGAACAUGGAAGGACAAAGGCGUUUGCAGGAAAAGCUGGAUGAAAUGACCGUGGUUGCUGCUCAGCAGGAAUUCUGUGACAUCUCCUCCUUCAGCGAUGUCAUUGCCUUUGAUGUGAACACCCACAUUCACUACUUUGCUCACCUGUGGGAAGGAAACCCCCCAAUGGCACCACCCAACCCCACCUACAGCCAGAACGUAAAUCAACUCAAGAGCAAAAUCUUCCAGGCAGCCAAGAAUCAGUCUCAGUGCAGCAUUUUGAGGUUCUCGAGUCUGAAAGAUCGUAUUGGUGACCUCUGGAAUGCUUUGCUGAAUGAAAACUUUGUCUUCAGCUUCAAGAAUUCCCUGGAGAUUGCUGUGUACAGGAAACUGGAACGUGCCUUUAGUCAGUGGACCUGGGGGCUGAGAAGUCACAUCUUAGAUGUACAGAUGAGGCUGGUCAACAAAAUUCAGAAUGGUGACUUGCAGAAAGUCACCACAGCACACCUUGAAGGGCUGGUGAGAGACACAAGUGAUGCCAUUGAGAAAGAAGUGGAAAAGUAUUUUACGGAAGAGAAUGACCGUGGGAUACUGGUCCAGUGGAAAUCAAGCACAGCGUUGAAGCUGAAAGAACUGAAAGAGGCUCUGCUUGAUGAAACACAAAAGAAAUGUGAGAAUUUUAUUGAGCUACAGAAGGAGCAGAGGAAACUGGAUACAAGGAAGUUGGACUAUGAAGAUGAGCUCCUGAGAAGGAGUCGGGAGCUGGCUGUGAGUCUGAAGGGGAAGAGCCUCAGUGAGAGAGAACUGGAGGACAACUUUACUCUUGUCUGGAACCAGUGGAUUGCCGAAGUCUCCCGUGAUGCUCGUCCUCAGGAACUGGUGGAUAUCGAUGCAGAAAUUGAAGAUAUUCUUGUAGAGCAGUUUAAGGAGCCGGGUAUCCAUGCUCGGAUCAGGUCAUAUCCCAAAGGCAGAGGAUUUUCUAUUGAUCCAGAGAAACACAUCAUGAAGAAAAAGCAUUAUGUCCUUUUCCAAGGUUUCAGGAGUAUUUCCAAUACUGAUGUGAUCAACUUUCAGCACAUCACAGACAACAUCAUAGCGUGUGUGAAGACAAACAUUGCUAAGAAGGAAGAGGAGAAACGGGAUUACAGUCGAAAUUUUAUUCAUGAAGUGCUCAAUGAAGUACAGAAAGGUGUGAACUCUGUCCCCAGCAAUGCAGAAUGUACUUUUAACAGAGAGUACAGCAUUGAUUUGUCUCUGUAUCUGUGCAGAAUGGCAGCAGAAAGGUUUAAAGCCAUGCAUGAAGCAUUCCAAAAGGCAAAUGACCCAGUCGUGUACCUGAGCAGCAAGAGAGAAGAUUUCUUCCAAUGUUUCCAGAUUUCCUGCCAAGGAGCCACUUCUGUCACAACUUUUGUUGUUUUCCUUUGUCAUAAGAUUGAACCAGCUCUUUGCAGUGCAGUCUAUGAGAGAACGGCUAAAGACAUCGCUGAGGACAUGCAGGGCAAAUUCCCAGAUUUCAGGGGCAGCAGAGCCAAUCUGGAACUUUGCAUCCUGAAAUACCUGGCAGAAGAGGAAAACUUUGAGUAUUUCAAGCAGUACCUUACAUCUCCAAAACAGUUUUGUGAGGCUUAUAUUGAGACAUGUGUUAGGAAUUACUGUUUAGAUGGGAGUAGGAGGCUGGGGAUGUUUUUAGAUUCUUCCCUUGAUAUUCUCUGUCAAAAAAUCCUGUCUGCUGUUUCAAAAUCAACCCAAAUUGUCAAAGACAGAAAAUACAGGGAAGACAAAGUCUCUCUUUGGCUGGAUGCAUUUUGCAGGGAACUGUCAGAGGUGAUCAACUUGCCCAGAAGUGACCUGAAGGGCAUUGAGCACCAGGAGGUCACAGACAUUGAGUUCCUGAGCAGGGCCAUGACAGAAGCUCUGGCUGCCCUAAAAGACAGGCUUGUUAAUGAAUUGGCUGAUGCUGACCUGAGCUGGUUUCCAAGGCAGCCUCACACCAUCCUGGCAGAGCAUUUUUCGAGGUGCUGGGCACAGUGUCCCUUUUGUGGGGCUGUCUGCACAAACACCAUGUGGAAUCAUGAUGGAGACCAUCAGCUGGUCUACCAUCGCCCACGAGCUUUGACAGGAGGCAAGUGGCAUGAGACAGACCACCUGGUCAUUGAUAUUUGUUCCAGCCUUGUUGCAAGUAACUGCUCAUUCAAAUUUGGUGGUGGUCCAUGGAUCCCAUACAAGAGAUACCGGGAUGCUGGACCUCCUUAUUCCACUUGGAACAUUCUUCCUGAUACCUCCAUGCAGGCGUACUGGAAAUGGUUUGUGUCUCAUUUCAGGACACAACUGGAAGCUCUGUACAAUGGGAAAUUUCAGGGCAAAGGAGAAAUCCCUGAGGCCUGGCAGAGAAUUUCCAAGCAGGAAGCACUGACUGAGCUGGACAAGUGCAGCCCAUGUCCUCAGAAAGGAAGAACCACAAGGUUUUCACAAAUUAAAACAGCUUUGGCCGAGGCUCUCCCGAAAAUAAACUUACAAUAUGAUGCUCUCAUGCCACGUGGAAAUUAUAGUUUCCAAUUCUUCACAAAUUUCAGGAAAUAAGGCACACCACUGCAGCCUUUUCUCAUUAACUCAGUCCUUUGUGAUUAAGCCAGAAUCCUCUUGCCUGUUUGUCAUAAACAUUUCCCUCAGCUUUUACCUGGAGCCAAACCAAAUUCCCUCCUUGGGGCGAUCAGCCUCAUGGCCAAGCCGCAGCCCAAGGGCCAGGGAUGGGGCAAAGACAGCAUUUAAAGCACUCCUUGGAUCAGCUGCUGCGAGACAAGAAGGGACAGUGCCCCAAAGGCAGUUUUCCUGCAGCAAGGAGCUGUCCUGCUCAGAGAAAGGGCUGCAGGGCAUGAAGCCAGCUCCAGGCUGGCUGCAAGCUGGGCUGCUUGACUUUUGGGCAUCAUCCUUCGCUCCCUCAUUGCAGCCCCCAGGAUCAACUGAGGCCAUUCUCCCAGCAGGAGCUGUUGUGCCUGCGGGCUCAGGGAAGCACUGACACGACCACCCCAGGGUUCCUGAAGAGCUUUCAUUCCCUGUCUCAGAGGUGCUCUGUCUCUGUCCAGGACAGCUGCUCCUGCUCAGGUGCCUGGGGCUGCUGCCCUUCCCUGCAGCCCUCAGCCCCAGCAGGACUUGUCCUGCCUUUGUCCUCUCUGCUGAGCAAAAGCCUUUGGAAUGCCCCAUGUGGGGAGUCCUGUUUGCCAGCACCUUCUGCAGCAGCUCUCAGAUUCAGGGUCCUUUCUCGUCUUGGUUCAGCUUUUUCGGAGGUCUGUGGCCAGGCAGAGCAGGUUCUUCAGGUUCUACUGAACAGAUCUUAUUGAUUUCCUGAUCUUUGACUAAAACAAACCCAAACAGUUCAAGGGAAAAAAAAAAAAAAAAAAAAAAAUCAAGCUGCUCAAGGAUUGCUGCUGCAGCUUCUUCAAGGCCAGGGAAAGGGAAAAAAACUUCUUGCUUCAGCCAAAAAAACCCAAGCCACCUAAGCAACAAAAUAAUGCUGUCACAGGGCAUCCAAUCCAAGCCCACCAAGGAGUGAGGCUUUGAACCAAUCCUGCAUAAAAGCCCCAAGGCUGUUUUUGGUGCCUUGGAGUGGCUACCUGGAACAGAGACUAGACAAGGUUAAGAAAAUAAAAGUAGGCAUUUAUUAAAGUAUGGGGAGACAGCUGGGCAGUGGUGCAGGGAGUACUGUGGAGAUGAUGGAUGGUGCAGACAUCCUGGCUCUUGUGCGGGAGAAACCAUGGGGAGUUCAAACAGAAAUGUAAGGGAGAAAGCAAAAAGGAAUGUAGAGCUUUAAGCAAGUCACCUUAGGCUGCAGGUGCUUGGGCUUAGCAAUGUAGCUAAGAAACACUAGGAAUGUGAUUAUUGCUUGGCAGUGAAAAAUUUUAUCUAAACCUAUUAGAGUAUAUAUACCCAGCUCUAGAAAUAACAGACGGCUUCAUAGGUUUGCUGUGUCAACAAUAAAGAACUUCUUGCUAACAUCUAUGGGAAUUCUUGUCUCUCAAUCACCAAUUUAAAGUCCUUCCGUAGGAACACCAUGGGCAGUCGGAAGCCUCCCAGAGGCUACACUCAAAAUGGACGAUGGCCACAAGUAUUUCAUACAGUUACAAGUUUGGUCCAUUUAUGUAUCAGAGGUUAAUCUUCCAAUUACAGCUUCAGGUAUUGAAGUCCUUUACCCACAGUUUUCUCCUCCCCAACUCACUUUCUGGGGCCUGAGACAGUGGGGUGUCCUUGAUUUUAAGGCCUAGAAGAAUUGUUUUGUCUAAAUAAAACGGGAGAACAGUGUCUGACAGGCUACUGGAGUUUUAGAGUUAUACCCUAAAUCAGUACAGGAUCGAAAAAAUGUAAAAGCUGAAUCCUGAGGUAUCACUGUCCCUUCUCUGGACCCCUUUAAACCUACAGGAACCAUUUCUGGGCAUAAAGCAGAAAAUAAGGGAAAAGAGUAUCAUCCUAUUCCCUUGCAAAUAGCACACACUGAUCAUAGUCAUCGUUGAAAACGUCUUCAACGUGUUCUGCCUCUUCCCCAACAACUCCUCUCUCUCCUCUGGGACCCAUUAGAGCAGCUGUGAGUUCUCCAUCUUUGUCUCCCUAAGCCAACCCUGUGUUAUUACAUAAUUUCCACGCAUUUUCUAAACAUUUAUUUACAUUUCUGGAGUCCUCUGCCCCCAGUCUCUGCAACUUCCUCGUAAUGUCUGGAGCCAAUUGUCCCAUAAUUGUGGCUGCCAUGUGUAACAAAAUCUCCUUCUCUGUCAGGGUCCCUGUUAGCAAAUUUCCCAUCUGCAUCCAUGAAUCAUUGAUGGAAAUUGGAAAGAGACUCAUUCUUUCUUUGGAUUACAUUAUACAAUUCUGACUUAAUUAUAGCCUCUUUCUAGCCGACAUCCUUUAGGUUAGGGUGAAAGGUAAAAAGGAUUUUAGCAGACGCUGGAUUAAUUUCCUCUCAUUUAGACAUCAUUUGGAUCUCUUAAUUCCAUGGUGGCUCACUGUUUUAGGGGUUUUUCUUGCAAAAUUUGGUGAGGUGCUUCCUCAUCUGCAUACCAGCUCUGAUGUCACCUCCCCACCUCCUCAGUCUCAGGUGUCAUCCUUCAGGAAGCAGCAGGGGGACACCCGAGCUGAUUUCCGACCAUCAACAGGUAAUGAAAGAAGAACUAUUAACAACAGGAGAUUACAACAUGCAGUUAUUAACUACAAAUAGUUAAAACUCCAACUUAGCAGCAAUUGGUUUAACUUGUUAACUGGAACUUAAAAAACAAUACUCCAUAAGUUGGCAUGGCCCAUUGACAAGCUGUGGGAAGGCUUGUGGAAAUGGGAAGGACUUCACGAUGACCGGGUUCCUCAGGCGGCUGUUAUUUGUGAUGAAAUUGAGAACCACGAGAGAAUUGUUUUUUCCUCUUAUGGAGAAGUCUCCAUAACCUUCACAAGGGGGACUUCUCUCCCUAAGUGAACUGAAGAAAGACUAUUGUAGAGGUGGUAAAUUGACUGGAAAAUUUAAGUUUUGUUUCUUUACAGUAUCAGUGGAAAAGAAAAUGUUGUGGGGAGAGGAGAAGUGUUCUGGAGGGUUUGUUUGAUUCUUAUUACUUUUUUUUUUCUUUUAGCUACUGUUA